AUGCCGAGGAAGAGCAAGGGAUCAGGAUUGUUUUUUGAGGUAGAGUAUUUAAAGGACUCUGAUGAAGCUGGUUCUGAUGAUGGUGGUUAUGAUGAAUCUAGUGGCGAUGAAUCUGAUUCUGAUGAUGUUGAUUCCACAGCUGGUGAUUAUGAGGUAGAUGAGGAUGUGGAGGAAGACGGUGUAGGUAGUGAGGAAGAACCAGAACAGGACAAAGUGAGCUACCAGGGUCUCCUGUGCAAGUUAUUGCUGGAAAAGGUUGAGAAAGGGAAGCGCAAGCGAGGUUAUAUUGAGAAAAGGACAGGAAAAAAGGGCAAGCUAAAGGACCCCAUGGCCAGAACUAAAAGAAAUGCAAGGGUGACAGACUCAGACGACUCCUUCUAUGCGCCAGUUAGUGAGAUAUCUGAUGUGCCGCGUGGCGCCCUAAGCACCCCUAAUGAUUCCAUUAUUGAAGAAUCAGGGGAAAAGGUUCAAAAUGACAUUCCGGGCUUUGUUGAUUUAGCCAAUCAGGCGGACCCUAGGUCCGAGAGCUUAGGCAGUGACUCUGAGCCAAGUACUUCAAGCAAAUUCUCUGAUGACUCUGAAGAGGGGCACUUUCGGCUGGAGACGGCGAGAGAACCCCUUUCAGUAGAAAUGGGAGAAGACUGGGCAGAGCCGUCUGCUACUCGCCGAGAGCAAUAUGCCCCUACUAUCAGCAUGUUCCCACAGGCAGGCGGAAAAUGA